AGCAGCUGCAGUCAGACGGGAAUAUGCGUCGGUAGUGCCCAUCGGUGGAAGACUGUGAGGGGAGAAUCUCAUUCCAUUUCAAGUGAUUCACAUGAGUCACGGAUGGAUCCUAUUUUAACUCCCGGAAAGAAACUUUUUUUACUCUAUUUAUUAUUCUUUAUCUUAAUAUAUCAAGCACAUAUCACGUGGGGCACUGAAAGUCUGAAUUUAACACACCAGCAUGAUUCUGAAAACAGCGAAAGCAGCAGGAUAAUGCUGGAGAAAUGGGAUCCCGCUUCCCAAACGGAGCAGCGAUUCUUAGAGAGCAACACAUCAUCAGCUGAGCAAACAGAAGCACAGAAGCCAUCACCCCGCAGAGCCACCGUUGAGUGUACAUCUCCUUGUCUGAAUGGGGGUUGGUGUGUCCAUCCAGACUCCUGUAACUGCACUUUAUACCAGGCCACUGGAACACACUGCCAGACAGUCCCCAACCUAGGCUUUGAGCGAGAGAUGACAUGCCGCUCGUGGGGACAAUACAACUAUGAAACCUUUGAUGGACUAUAUUACUACUUCCCUGGAAAAUGCAGCUACACAUUAGUGAGAGACUGUGAAGACAGCAUUCGGUCAAGUGUACAUAUACAGGUGCAUAAUGACCCAGAAUGCAGUUCUUUCUCAUACUCCUGCAAACGUUCAAUCAGCCUUUUCCUGCCGUGGGAGGGGGAGAUUAGGUUACAGAACUUCAGUGUUACUUUCAAGGGUCAAAGUGUGCAGUUGCCCCAUCACAUCCACGAUGUUGAGCUGGAGCGGAUAUCUGACUACAUCUUAGUCUCACAGCCACAAGGUUUCACGCUGGCCUGGCAAGGGCUUACUGGCUCUGUGUACAUCAAGAUGAGUCCUGAGUUUGUAGGACACACCUGUGGACUAUGUGGCAAUUUCAACGCUGACACUCAGGAUGACCUGAAGACUAGCUAUGGUGUUUUCACACAGGAUUUGGCUAUGUUUGGAAACAGCUGGGCAGAGGAGGAUCCACAGCUGGGCAGAUGUCCUGUGGUUCCCUCUCUUUACCCCUCACCAUGUGCCACGCAGGAUCCUCGUGUCUUAUUGAAAGUGGAGGAAGUUUGUGCUGCCCUGCUGAAGGAACCGUUCCAGUCUUGCCAUGAGUUUGUCAGUCCAUAUUCAUACAUGGCCAGUUGCUCCAAUGACCUCUGCCAGUCUGGUCCCAAUGGUGAUGUUGUGUGUCAGGUUUUCACAGAGUAUGCCAGAGCAUGUGCCCAUGCUGGACAUCCACUGCAUACUUGGAGAGCACACUUUCCUGUUUGCAGUGUUGAUUGCCCCGGCGAGCUUCUUUUCAGAGAGUGUAUUAACUGCUGUCCCAUGCACUGCAAGAUCGAACAUAUGUGUAUAGACAGCAAGCUGCAGUGUUUGGAUGGCUGCUACUGCCCUGAUGAUUUGAUCUAUGAGAAUGGGGUGUGUGUUAAGGCAUCAGACUGUCCCUGUGAGCACCAUGGCAUGCUGUACCCCUCCGGACACAUCAUACAGGAAGACUGCAACAACUGCACAUGUGUUGGUGGCAUAUGGAACUGCACUGAGCACAGCUGCCCAGGGGAGUGUUCUGUGACAGGAGAUAUGUUCUUCCAGUCAUUUGAUGGCCGCGUUUACACAUUUCCUGCUACGUGCCAGUACGUUUUAGCCAAGAGCAGAAACUCGGGCAAGUUCACAGUGACCAUUCAGAAUGCACCCUGUGGAGCUAAUCUGGAUGGUGCUUGUAUUCAGUCAAUCAACCUGGUGGUUGAUGAAGAUCCACGUACUGAGAUCACAAUGAGCCAUAGUGGAGAGGUUCUUUUGGCCAGCCAGUUCCGGAUCUCACUGCCGUAUUCAGAUGAUGUGUUCCAGAUCCAAGAGCUGUCGUCCAUGUUUGUUCAAGUAAAGUCAUCACAGGGUCUGCGGCUGCAAUAUAACUGGAGGGAGUUCAGGCUUUACCUGCAGCUGGAGGAGCAUUGGAGAGAUGAUACUGUGGGGCUCUGUGGGACCUUCAACGGCAACAUUCAGGAUGACUUCCUUGCACCCUCUGGCAUGAUUGAAAGCACACCACACUUGUUUGGAAAUGCAUGGCGUGUGUCUUCAGCAUGUGUGCCGCGGCCCAGCUUACCCCAGCUUGACCCUUGUGACACACACCAGCAAGCAGCCACUUAUGCGGUGGAGAAGUGUGACGUGCUGACGCAAGAAGUGUUUUCUGCCUGUCAUGAGUAUGUGAGUCCGGUGGGUUUCCAGCUACAGUGUCGUGCAGACGUCUGCAAAUGUGGAGCGCCGUGCCUUUGCUCCAUCCUUGCUCACUACGCCCGCACAUGCAGGAGACACGGUGUCAUCAUUGAGUUCCGCUCACACCUGCCUGAAUGUGCCAUCACGUGUCCCUCUACUAUGGAGUAUGGAAUCUGCGUGUCAUCAUGUCAGCGUCGCUGCCUGUUUCUGUCUCUCCCUCAGCCAUGUGGAGAUGACUGCGAGGAGGGUUGUGUGUGUCCGGAAGGAACAUACUUCAACAUGCAUACACACACCUGCGUGCCACGGAGUGAAUGUCCAUGUAGUUUUCUUGGUGCUGACUAUUCUCCUGGAGAUGUGAUCAUGACAUCAGCAGGUGUACAAAUUUGCCAAGGUGGAAAACUUGUUUCCCAGAGCUCAAUUAUUGAUACCCUGUGCCCACCAGGGCAGUUUUAUGAGGACUGUGGGAAUCGAGUAGACGGCCACUCUGCCAAUAAAGGUUUAGCCUGUGAACAGACCUGUGAGUCGUAUUUGCUCAACCUCACCUGCUCCGUUCAUGAGCCAUGUGUGCCUGGCUGCGUCUGUCCUGCAGGGCUCCUCAAACAUGGUGAUGAAUGUUUCGAGCCACAUGCAUGUCCGUGUUUGUGGAAAGGGAAAGAAUAUUAUCCAGGAGACAGAGUAUCGUCCCCCUGCCAUCAGUGCGUAUGUCAGCAUGGCACAUUUCAGUGUGAGUUCCGCCCAUGUCCGUCAAUGUGCACGGCUUAUGGAGAUCGACACUACCGAACAUUUGAUGGCUUCCUGUUUGAUUAUAUUGGUGCUUGCAAGGUGUACUUGGUCAAGAGCUCGUUAGAUGCAAUGUUGACUGUCACAGCAGAGAAUGUUGACUGCUUUGAGAGUGGCGUGAUCUGCAGGAAGUCUCUCCUCAUCUCCUUGGGACGCUCCUUCAUUGUGUUUGAUGAUGACUCUGGCAAACCUAACCCAUCCAGUGUGAUCGACAGGCAGAAGGUGUAUAUCUGGCAAGCAGGAUACUAUACCAUUGUGCAUCUGCUUGGGGAAGACCUCACAGUGCUGUGGGACAGAAAAACCACUGUACAUAUACAAGCUGGACCAAGCUGGCAGGGCAAGCUUACUGGCCUUUGUGGGAACUUCGAUCAGAAGACAGCGAAUGAGAUGAGAACACCAGAGAACAUUGACUCGUCAACACCACAGGAGUUUGGCAACAGUUGGACAGCAGCAGAGUGUGUGAACAGUCCUGAUAUAAGGCACCCCUGCAAUCUGAAUCCUCUUCGAGAGCCCUUUGCAAAAAGACAGUGUGGGAUUUUGCUUAGUGAAGUGUUCCAAGUCUGCCACCCUGUGGUAGAUGUCACAUGGUUCUAUAUGAACUGCCUGGUGGACACCUGUGGCUGCAACCGUGGAGGAGACUGUGAGUGUUUCUGCACGAGUGUUGCAGCUUAUGCUCACCGCUGCUGCCAAAAGGGCGUCACCAUUGAUUGGCGCUCCCCUUCUGUCUGCCCUUAUGACUGUGAAUACUACAACAAAGCUUUAGGGAAAGGACCACUGAAGCUGUUGACCUACAGAGAGAGAGGAACAAUGUUGGCAGCCAAUAAGACAAGUGGACUGGUGUUCCCAAAAAGAGAAAUAACCAGUACUGAUGAGAUCCUUACAAUGUUUAUGAUGACGCCUGGCAUCAGCAAAGCCAGACCACAUGACACAUCUCUGGUGUCAUUUGAGGCAGCAGACAGACCCAACUACUUCUUAAAAGCAGAGCGCAGUGGCCAGCUGGGACUGCAGAAGUGGGAAGAAACUGAGGGAUUCUGGGAUGCAGCUACAUUUGUCCUUCAUAGAGACACCUGGAUCUCAGGCUUUGAUUCGCUUGAGUCCCUGGCAAAGCCAGGGUUUUUUCUGAAUUUCAUGCUGUCCAGACUCCAACUUGUGAAAUACAGUCACUCAGAUCGGUACCGCCGAGCUACACUAUUCAAACUGACAGGUGCCAUACCACACUAUCCAAUGGGUCCUCGAUGCCAGUGGCGGUAUGAAUCAUGUGUGAGUCCGUGCUUCAGAACAUGCAGUGACCCAUCAGGUCUGAGCUGUGCCAGUAUCCUGAAGGUUGAGGGAUGCCUGCCUCAGUGUCCAAGUCACAUGGUUCUAGAUGAGGUCACUCACAGAUGUGUCUUUAUGGAGGACUGCAUUAAGCCUGCUGUUGUUCCUCCACCCACGCCAACCAGUACUGUAAUAUCAUCAACAUUCUCCUCAGAGUAUUCCACCUUGAGUGGUCCAGCGGUUUCUAUAUCACUCACAUCUUCAACAGUGUCAGCGUCUAGCACCACUGCUUCUACACCUACAGCACACAUGCCAAGCACUACAAAGCUUACAUCUUCUCCUGUAACACCUGAGGUGGUGGAAACUAUUACCACAUUAACGACAUCCACCUCCUCCCCAAGCCCACUGGCUUCCACUGAGAGAACCACUAAAGCACCGAGCAUCACCCACAGUUCCACUUCCUCCACCACACUGCACACUAGCCCAAUGUUUAUCUCAGAAACUCUCCCAGGCACCUCUACAACAAGCAGGCCAACAGUGUCUUUGACACUUCUCACGCUUACAACAACUGUUCCCUCACCAUCUACUUCAAGUCCUGUUCUGUCGUCUACCUCAAGUAAAGAGCCGACCAGAAUAAGCACUCUACCUGUGCUUCCAGUCUCGACCAGCAUAAGCUACACAGAAGCCACUUCCCCAACAGUCAAAGUGUCAUCUCCUCUCACCUCUAGUACCGAAACCCCCAAAGUCUCAGAGGCCUUUACACCUACUGAAAAGACCACAGCUCACUUUGAGACUUCAAGUGGCAGCACACAGUUACCUGUCGAAACCAUCAUCACAACAAAGUCCACUUCGCCAUCAACCACAACACCUAUAUUAGAAUUGAGUACCUCAGUCACCACAGAGAAAUGGACCUUUCCAACAUCUUUACACACUGUUAAGACCUCUGAGGGCACCACUGAAACCCAGAAGCCUUUGGACACCACUACCAUUUCCACUUCCCCUACAGAUAUUGAAGCAUCAACCACUCACACUGCAGUAAAAUCCACAAGUUCUGCUUUUCCAACUCAGACAACACCUUUUAUUCCUUUAACAUUAACCUCAGAGCAACCCAAAACUUCAAAAACAACAGUGUUUGUCUCCACAGCUGCUCCAACAACCUUCAUCACCACAGUGUCCUCUCAAGCUCCUACAUUUGUGUCAACAGAAACCACUGCAAAAACAACCUAUCAACCAACAUCUGAUAUAUAUCCUCAUCCUGAUGUUCCAACAACUGAUAGAACAUUACAGACAGAUUGGAGAGUGAUCCAAACCAUGUCAACUCCAUUACCUGAAACAACCCAAACCAGUGCUAAGACAGCAGAGACACCAGUUACCACCUACACCACCAUGCCGUUCACCUCAGCGCCUACAGAAGAAACAUCAACACUGCUUACAUCACAUGUGUCACCUACUGACAAAACAACUUAUAGAGUUGUCUCCACUUCUACUACGUUGAGCCCUACAGAGUCUCACUGGAGUUUAGUUUCCACUACUGCUGUCCUUUCAGACAAAGUCAGCACAUCACCAGUUCAUCCUCCUUAUUCUGCAACAACUAUGACCACCACAUCAGCACUGCCACUGAUUUCUCAAUCUUCACCAUCCACACUGACAAUGACAACAUCAGUAUCUCAAGCCCCAACAGUAACCACAGAAACAACUGUCACCUCUGAGAGACCUCUGCUACCAUCUACUGCAGCUGAAAAAGAGAUUGUUUCUACCACUCAAACAUCCACAUCCAGACCUUUCAGUAUACAUUCUGUCACAGAGACAACUAGGCUUUCGCUUGACACAGAUAGAGCUGUGCUGUCUACCGAUACAACAACCGAAACAUCAACACUGGUCCAUGAGACUUCCAGCACCUUUCCUUCCACGAUGACUCAAAGAUUCACAACCCGUGUCACACCAGUCCUGACCUCACGGGUGGCUGUGGCUACCACACGACGAGAAACUCCUCGAGUUGUGGCCACAACCAGUAUUUCACCUCCAACUAGGACAACACCUUCAACCACUUCUACAGAUAAAGUUACCACUGUUUUCACAGAUACAACUACCUCUAGUAUCCCUGUUGCUACUUCUAGCACACUUCCAACACAUAGUCCUGAAACCUUUGGAUUUACAGAGUACACCACUGAAUCUGGUCCGACCACAACAUUGCCGACAUCAUCUGGAACAACUCCAGUGCCAGGUGUGGCAUCAGUUGUUACCCAGACUACCAUUUCAACACAGUCCGCUACUUCCUCUGCUGUCACUGAGAGUAGGCCUGUAACCAGCGCAAGUGCCUCUACUGAGCGCCCUCUGGUGGAUGAAUAUACCAGAGUCACAGCCAUGCCACCUGCUCCAGACACUGGCCAAACAACACUGAGUUCAUCUGCGAUAACCAGUCUUCCCUACACGACAGAAACAGAGCACUGGAUGACGAGCCAGACGCAUGCAGUUUCAAAAACUACUGCUCUGGAGCCAAGCAGAGUAUGCACUUCUCCAUAUUCAGAGGUGGUGGAUGAAUGUACAAAGCUUAUCUGUGUCAGUGGUCAGUUGCUCCUCUUCAAUAAGUCUCAAAGCUGCCCAUAUGAUCCUACACCUCCAAACUGCGGUCUGCUUGGCUUUGCUGUACUGGUCAAUGGUGAUAAGUGUUGUCCACGAUGGGACUGUCCAUGUCGUUGUUCAGUGUUUCCAGAUCUUAAUCUGAUCACAUUUGAUGGGAAAAGUGUUGCGAUUUAUAAAGCUGCUUUAUAUGUGGUGACCCGACUUCCCAAUGAGACCGUCAGCAUCUUGGUACAAGAGUGUUCAGGACCAGAUGACACUCUUGUGUGGAACUUCACCAAUCUGUGUCUGGCAGCUUUAAACAUUACUCACAAAUCCAACGAAGUGCUCAUCAAUCGUCUGCAGAGACGUUUAUAUGUGAACUCCAGGUACUCAAAGCCACGUUUUAAGAAGUUUGGUUUUGAGAUUCUGGAUACAGGAAACAUGUAUCUAAUCCGAAGUCCAGCUGGUCUGAAGAUCCAGUGGUUCCACACUACAGGCAUGAUGGUGAUUGAGAUGGACAGCUAUAACAACAGACUCCCCACAAUGGGAUUGUGUGGUAGUUGUGAUGGUAAUCCUCUGAAUGAUCUGACUCUGUCUAACGGUACAGUUGUGUCUGAGCAAGAGGAUCCGGCCGUGUUCAUUGAUAGCUGGCAGAUUCCCAACACCACCAGCUACGUCAGCCACAGCAGACGGAGGGAGGUCAACUGCACCACGGACGACUGCUCCCAGUGCAUGAGCAUGCUGAGUAACCGUACCUUCACCAUCUGCCAUCCUUAUGUCCCUCCAGUAAUGUUCUGUGAGAUGUGGGUGAGAGAUGUGGAGUAUGUAAACAACCCAUGUGUUGCUUUGGCCGCUUACGCUGCUUCCUGCCACAAAUUCAACAUCUGCAUGGAAUGGAGGAGCUCGGAUUUCUGCCCAUUCAUGUGCCCAGAAAAUCUGCAGUACCAAGCAUGUCUGCCGGCCUGCACUGCCCCAUCCUGCCCAAACCAAGAGUUUGAGUUUGUCCCAGAGCAAUGCGCAGGCCUGUCAGAGGGAUGUGUGUGUCCAGAGGGAACUCUUUUACACCGGCCCUAUUCUGCCCUGUGCAUUCCACUCAGCAAGUGUGCGUGUACUGAUAGUUUUGGAACCCCGCGUGCUCUUGGGGAGAUUUGGAAAGCCUCGGUGGAUGGCUGCUGCAUGUAUAAGUGUGAGAAUGACAGCAUAGUGCCGGUGGAGUAUAACUGCAGUAACAUCCCUCAGCCAGUCUGCACGCGUACAGGAGAGAUUACAGUCAACCUGGCAGAUGACAGCAGCUGCUGCCCUCAAAAAGCCUGUGUUUGUAACCAGAGCAAGUGUGAAGCGGCUCCUACUGAUUGUAAUUAUGGGGAGAAGUUGGUGUCAUAUCAUAGGGAGGACUCCUGCUGUCCAGAAUACUUAUGUGAGUGUGAUCCUGAUCAGUGUGUCUUGGACAUUCCUGUAUGUCGCGAGGAUCAGACAUUGAUCGCCACUCGUGCUGAAGGCAGCUGCUGUUUGGCACAUAUCUGCAUGUGUGACAAAUGCUCUGAGGCAGUUCCAGUGUGCCAAGAUGGAGAACUGCUGAUUGUGGACACCAACAGCACAGAGCGUUGCUGUCCAGUUUAUCACUGCUUGUGUGAGACCUCUCGAUGCUUGGACAUCACAUGUCCAGUUGGCAUGGCAGUAGUUUCCACAAGGAUUCAAGAUCAGUGUUGUCCAUCUCAGACAUGUGAAUGUGCAUGUGAGAAAAUGCUUCGCCCCAAAUGUGCUCUGGGGGAAAGUAUUCAGUUAGACAGAUCAUUUCUGUCUGAUCCGGAAAACCGGUGUGCCUGCAAACGAUUCACUUGUGUGAGAGAGGCAGUGUGUGUGGAUGGUGAACGGGGAGUGAUGCGGCCGGGGCAGACACUGGUUGAGCACCGUGAUCAGGGUGUGUGUUACACCAAACAGUGCACACACACACUGGACUCUGCCACAGGUUUCUAUCUCCUCAAAGCCACUGGCACUAACUGCACUUCACGCUGCCAACCUAACCAGAUAUACAUCCCUCCAAAAGACCCUAGCAGCUGCUGUGGCGUGUGUAAAAACAUUUCUUGCCUGAUCCAGAGUGAGAAUGGAUCUAUAACUAUGUACAAGCCAGGACGCAGCUGGGUGUCAGACUGCAUGCGCUAUGACUGUAUGGACACUCUGUCAGGACCUGUGCUCGUUUCCCACCCCUACAGCUGCCCCCCCUUCAAUGAAACUGAGUGCAUGAAGAUUGGGGGCACCGUUGUGAGUUAUAUGGAUGGCUGCUGCAAGACAUGUAAAGAAGACGGGAAGUCAUGUCAGAAAGUGACCGUAAGGAUGACCAUUAGAAAGAACGACUGCCGUAGUAACAGACCGGUCAAUAUAGUGUCAUGUGAUGGAAAGUGUCCGUCUGCAAGUAUUUACAACUACAACAUCAACACGUAUGCACGCUUUUGUAAGUGCUGCAGAGAGAUGGGGCUGCAGCGCCGUUCAGUCCAACUCUACUGCAGUGGAAACUCCACGUGGGUUAGUUACACUAUACAGGAACCAACGGACUGUUCCUGCCAGUGGUCAUAA